AUGCGUUUACAGCUCAGAGGAUUGUACAGAAUAUGGGGAGUCGACUACGAUGUGGUCAUCGAGUGUAUGCCACCAAUCAUAUCAAUUUUCCUCAGCCUCACGAUGUACCUCAAUGGGAUUUUUAACAUGAACAAGAUCAAAGAUGUGCUUUUGUUUAUCAAAUACAAUUGUAACUAUUAUAUGAAUCAACCAGAAAACAUGAUUUUAAAAUAUUACGAGAGACAGGGAAAAAAAAUUACACUUUAUUACACUUCAUACGUUUAUAUGACACUUUUAAUCUACUUACUAUUACCGCCCAUGUCAUUAAUAAUUGAUGACGUUAUAUCCUCAAAUUAUUCGCAAGAGCGAAACUUUUUAUUCGAACUCGACUAUGGCGUGGACAGCCAACAAUAUUUUUAUUAUAUAUCCAUUCAUUCGUACAUGGGAACUGCUGUAGUUGCCAAUUUAAUUGCUACUUGCGAUACUACCUACAUGUUGUACUCUCAACAUGCUUAUGCUUUGUUUGCAAUUGUAUGUUCUCAAUUGAAAACGGUACACAUUUUGGAUACGGGUAAUUUAAUAAAUGUGAAGGAUAGUUAUAUUCUUGAAAAAUAUAAAAAUAUAGAAUUAUUGCCAGGGGAGCAAAAGAAAGUUUGUAGGAAAUUGUUGAACUGUAUAAAGGAACACCAAAAUGCCAUAGAAUACUCAAGUGUUCUUGAAUCAUUAUUCACUAAGUCCAUACUUAGUCAACUGUUCUGUAAUAUCAUCUGUCUUAGCAUUACAGGAGUGGAAACUGUAAUGAAACUAGGUAAUAUAGGCGAUAUGAUAAGAUUCGGAUCAUUUACGUUCGCACAAGCAGUUCAUAUAUUUUUGAUUUGCCUUCCUGGACAAAGACUGGUGAAUCAUAGUGAACAGGUGUACGCCACGGCAUGUGAGGUAAUGUGGUACACACUUCCUAAGAAGUGUCACAGUUUAUAUAAAUUUUUGCUGGCAAGAAGUUCGAAACCUAGUAAAAUAACAGCUUAUAAACUAGCACCCAUGACGAUGGAGACGUUUCUCGCGAUUAUUCAAACUGCAAUGAGUUAUUUUACUGUACUAUUAUCAACAACAUAA